UCGCCACCACACGGCACGGAGCCGCUCUAGCCACCCUGGGACGGACUCAGUGGCAGGCAGGAGUUGCAAGUCCUGGCACCUCCUCCCAACUCAGACUGAGCGGGCUACCUCUGGACCCCUCCCCUGUUCCCAGCGCUGAUCCGACACCAUGCAUGGGCGCCUGAAGGUGAAGACGUCUGAAGAGCAGGCAGAAGCCAAAAGGCUAGAACGGGAACAGAAGCUAAAGCUCUACCAGUCAGCCACUCAAGCUGUCUUCCAGAAGCGGCAGGCCGGUGAGCUGGACGAGUCAGUGCUAGAACUGACGAGCCAGAUUCUGGGAGCCAACCCUGAUUUUGCCACCCUUUGGAACUGUCGCCGAGAAGUGCUCCAGCAGCUGGAAACCCAAAAGUCCCCUGAGGAGUUGGAUGCUCUGGUGAAGGCUGAGCUGGGCUUCCUAGAGAGCUGUCUACGCGUGAACCCUAAGUCCUACGGCACUUGGCACCACCGCUGCUGGCUCCUAGGCCGCCUGCCUGAGCCCAACUGGGCUCGGGAGCUGGAGCUGUGUGCUCGCUUCCUCGAGGUUGAUGAGCGGAACUUUCACUGCUGGGACUAUCGGAGGUUUGUAGCUACGCAGGCUGCUGUGGCCCCUGCAGAGGAGCUGGCCUUCACCGAUAGCCUCAUCACCCGGAACUUCUCCAACUACUCCUCCUGGCAUUACCCACGCUCCCGUCUCUUGCCCCAGCUGCACCCCCAGCCGGACUCUGGCCCACAGGGACGCCUCCCUGAAAACGUACUGUUGAAAGAGCUGGAGUUGGUACAAAAUGCCUUCUUUACUGACCCAAACGAUCAGAGCGCCUGGUUCUAUCAUCGCUGGCUCCUAGGUCGGGCGGAGCCUCAGGAUGUUCUGCGCUGCCUGCACGUGAGCCGGAGAGAGGCCUGUCUGUCGGUCUGCUUUUCUCGCCCACUAAUAGUGGGCUCCAGGAUGGGGACCUUGCUACUCAUGGUUGAUGAGGCCCCUCUGCGUGUGGAGUGGAAGACUCCAGAUGGCAGGAACCGGCCCAGCCAUGUCUGGCUCUGUGACCUGCCCGCUGCCUCUCUCAAUGACCAGUUGCCCCAGCACACAUUUCGUGUCAUCUGGACAGCAAGUGAUGCCCAAAAGGAGUGUGUGCUUUUAAAAGGCCGUCAGGAGUGCUGGUGCCGAGACUCAGCCACUGAUGAACAGCUGUUCAGGUGCGAGCUGUCUGUGGAAAAGUCCACAGUGCUGCAGUCUGAGCUUGAAUCCUGCAAGGAGCUACAGGAGCUGGAGCCAGAGAAUAAAUGGUGCCUGCUCACCAUCAUCCUGCUAAUGAGGGCCUUGGACCCCCUCCUGUAUGAGAAGGAGACCCUGCAGUACUUCAAUACCCUCAAAGCUGUGGACCCAAUGAGAACAGCCUACUUGGAUGACCUGCGCAGCAAGUUCCUGCUGGAGAACAGCGUUCUCAAGAUGGAGUACGCCGACGUGCGAGUGCUGCACCUGGCUCACAAGGAUCUGACGGUGCUCUGCCAUCUGGAACAACUGCUCUUGGUCACUCACCUUGACCUGUCACAUAAUCGUCUCCGAGCCCUGCCCCCAGCCCUGGCUGCUCUGCGCUGUCUUGAGGUGCUGCAGGCCAGUGAUAACGCGUUGGAGAACUUGGACGGUGUGGCUAACCUCCCUCGGCUGCAGGAGCUGUUACUAUGCAAUAACCGCCUCCAUCAGUCUGCAGCCCUUCAGCCUCUUGCCUCCUGCCCCAGGCUAGUCCUCCUCAACCUACAGGGCAACACCCUGUGCCAAGAAGGGGGCAUCAUGGAGCGUUUGGCUGAAAUGCUGCCCUCCGUUAGCAGCAUCCUCACCUAGGAGGCCCCGCCCUCACCCGCACCCUUUAACUUAUUGGGACUGAAUAAAGAAUGGAGAGGCCGCUCCAGGCUGCCAGGCUACCAUUACUGCUGCCAUCAUGUCAUCACCUCCACAACCACCGCUGUGCAUCUUGAGAAAAGGAAGGGAAAGGCCCCGGGGUGUGGGUCUGCCCUCCUGCAAUGCUCC